AUGACGCCGUUGCCGAUGCCCGUGACUCUGCCGUCGCCCAAGACUCUAUUCCCAGCGUUCCAGUCCCCUCCGGCUCGGAGACCGUCGAGUGUCGUGACGCUGGACGCGACUGCGCCGUACCAAGGGCCGACGCUGCAGAACCACCAGUCAGCCUGGAGAGGACUGCCUGGACUGCAGUUGAUGGACAAUGAACUGUCGUCAUGCAGUAGCAGCUGUGGGAGUCACACGCCGUCCAGUUCAAGGGUGGAAAUCCUGAGGCGGCAGGAGACGCCCGGCCGCGAGCGCAGCAACUCGGCCGACCUGUUCCUCGACUGCGUCGAGAUGAUGAACCCCAAGGCGGCGGCAACAGGCGACAACAAUUGCCUGAGUUUGCCCACGAACGAGACGGACGACGAAGGCAGCGACCAGCAGUCGCUGGCCUCCCCCAUGGACUGCGAGAACCGCAACCAGUGCAACUUCCCCGGCCUGCAGAAGCAGUGGUGGGACCACGUUGUUGCAGACUGCUUCGCGUCGGGUCCGGUAUUAUCUAGUACCUCGUCCAGCAUGACACGACAGCCUGAAGCUCUGGGCCACUAA